AUGGAAAACGACUUGAAGGAAGAACUGAAAAGAAGAAUGAGAGCAACAUGGGCAGCAUUCGCAGCCGGCAGGGAAGCUACGGAUCAACUGACGGAGCAGGAUCUUUGUGUCCACCUUUUCAAGUCGACAGUUCUUCCAGCGCUCUGUUACGCAGCGGAGACGUGGGCAAACAACGCUGCCACGUCUAGGAAGCUAAUUACUACCCAUAGAGCCCUUGACGGAUGCCUUUUGAAGUUUAACCGACGCACACAACACCUAGCUAGUCUUCGCACACCGCCAACGAGAUGGCGUGACGUGUUCGCCAACCGGAUGGACCAGCUGAGAGCUCAGCUGGAUACGGCUCAAGGAUCUCGUCAACGUCACUAA